AGCUCGUCUCGUCGUCAGUUCGCCGACGACGAUGGCCGCUUCCUACGAGUACGACGAUGCCCCCGGCGGCUACGACGACGGUCACCGGCAGCCCCAGGCGGCGGCGGCGCCGUCGCAGGCGGACGCCGCCGGGUACGACCGAACUUCGUGCCCGACUCCGUCAAGUCCUUCGUCGUCCACCUCUACCGCCACAUCCGCGAGAAGAACGUGUACGAGAUCCACCAGAUGUACGAGACCUCGUUCCAGACCCUGUCCGACCGGCUCUUCAAGGACACGCCCUGGCCGUCCGUCGAGGCCGUCGCGCACUACGUCGACAACGAUCACGUCUUCUGCCUGCUCUACCGCGAGAUGUGGUACCGGCACCUGUACGCCAGGCUCUCGCCCACGCUGAAGCAGCGGAUCGAUUCGUGGGAUAACUAUUGCAGUCUCUUCCAGGUAGUCUUGCAUGGAGUGGUGAAUAUGCAAUUGCCAAACCAGUGGUUGUGGGACAUGGUGGAUGAGUUUGUUUACCAGUUUCAGAGCUUCUGCCAGUAUAGGGCGAAGAUGAAGAACAAGACUGAGCAGGAGAUUGCAUUAUUGAGGCAGUAUGAUCAGGCUUGGAAUGUGUAUGGUGUGCUCAAUUUUUUGGAAGCACUUGUGGAGAAGUCUAUGAUCAUUCAGAUCUUGGAUCAGGAAAAGGAAGGCCUUGAACAAUUCACUGCCACUGAUGGUUAUGAUUACGGUGGUGGGAGCAAUGUGCUGAAGGUGCUUGGUUACUUCAGCAUGGUGGGAUUGCUGCGAGUUCACUGUCUCUUAGGUGAUUAUCAGACUGGCUUGAAGUGUUUACUCCCAAUUGACAUUAGUCAGCAAGGCGUUUAUACUAGUGUCAUUGGAAGCCACAUUGCCACUAUUUAUCACUAUGGGUUUGCCAAUCUUAUGCUGCGGAGGUAUGUUGAUGCAAUUCGAGAGUUCAAUAAAACUUUAUACAUCUAUAAGACAAAGCAAUACCAUCAGAAGUCCCCACAGUAUGAGCAGAUACUCAAGAAGAAUGAGCAGAUGUAUGCCUUGUUGGCUCUUUGUCUUUCACUUUGUCCCCAAGUGAAGCUUGUUGACGAGACUGUGAACUCUCAGUUGCGAGAGAAAUAUGGUGAAAAAAUGCUCAGAAUGCAGAGAUAUGAUGAUGAGGCUUUCGUCAUCUAUGAUGAGCUUUUCUCAUAUGCCUGUCCUAAGUUCAUCACACCCUCAGCUCCAAGUUUUGAGGAGCCUCUUGUCAACUACAAUCAGGAUGCCUAUAGGCUUCAGUUGAAGCUGUUCCUUUAUGAAGUGAAGCAGCAGCAACUACUAUCAGGUGUUAGGACUUUCUUGAAAGUGUAUUCAACAAUCUCACUUGCGAAGCUUGCAAAUUAUAUGGAAGUCGAUGAACCCACUCUGCGAACUAUAUUGAUCACAUAUAAGCACAAGACACAUGCUAUUGAUACAGAUGGAAAGGUCAUCUCAAAUGCCGAUAUCGAUUUCUUCGUAGAUGAUGACAUGAUUCAUGUCGUUGAAUCCAAACCAGCAAAGAGAUAUGGAGAUUAUUUCUUGCGCCAGAUUGUCAAGCUUGAAAGCAUGAUGAACGACAUGGACAGAGUUAAGCUGGAAUAACCGCACUGUCUUCCUGAUUUGUCUGUCCCCUCUGCCGGCUGUCUUUCUCCGAAGGUCGGCAUUUUUUUGGCACUACGAUCGGCCUUUUUCUGUAGUUUCUAGUUUGACUGCAUUGGGUCUCCGUGUGCUAAAAGACAUGAUAAGUAUGGAGACCUCACUUAGUCGGUGUGCCCACCGGGUUUUAGAAUUAUUUUUUCGAAAUGUAUCUUUUUGGCAUUAAUCAAUGAGCUUCCUACCAGUACAGCGGACCAAGCUAGUUGUUAUCCUUUUUAUCUGCUGUUACAUCAGAAACUUAGAAUGGGUAGCUAAACGCAGGAGCCAACUACACGGCAUUUACAUUAUGGGUUAUGGUUCACUGACAUUGUAAUGCACAGGUGGGAGUAUUAUUGCAUGUUCAACGGA